GAAAAUUACUAGAUGUGGUGAAAUUUCACCUCUGCCACCGGCGCUGUCACAAUGUAAAUAUUGUGAUUAGAAAUCAAAUUUCGUAAAUAUGACUUUUAACGGCGAUUCGGACCUCGACAUUAAGGUUCGGAAAGCCACGGAGCGAAUUUCGGAAAAUAUGCAUAUUGUGGCAAAUGAGCCCUCUUUGGCAUUCUACCGGCUCCAGGAACAUGUAAGAAAGGCGCUAAAUCCUAUGGUUGAUAGAAGAGUUGACGUUAAUAAUUUACACCAAGAGUUACAAGGCCAUUGCUAUGAUAUUGAAUACGCUGUCACUGCCCUCAAAGCGAUGAGUACAGCAGAGGAGAGCUUCAAGAAUAUCCAGGAUAAUUUAAAAAAUGCGAUUUUUCUUAAACAACAGCUGAAAUAUGAAGAGUCGCGUAAAAAAAAGUCCGAUGGCAACUCAGUCUAUAAGAGGCUUUCUGCUCACAUCACCAUCGACCUACCAGAACUGCCUGAAUUAUCGGACGUGGUUCGAGAAACAGCAAACAGGGUUGAGAGUAUGAUGUCAAAAGCCACACAUUCAUCAAAUUAAUGUUAAAUGUAAAUAAAAUAGCAAAAAACUGAA